AUGGCUAGCCGUCAGCUGUCUGAGGACGCGUCGGUUAGCCGUCAGCUUUCUGAGGAUGAGUCGGUCAGUCGAGAGGUGUGGGAGCAGGACUUGGGGCCGCGAGGGUUGAAAUUGGAGGUGGUGGUGGCGCGGGUGGUGGGCUCCGAUGGGCACAACUGGCUCAAGUACGGCCAGAAGCAAGUGCAGCGCUCCAACGCCACCAGGUGCUACUACAAGUGCACUCGCGCCAAGACCACCAUCUCACACGUGCUGUACUACUGUCUUCAGUGCUACUACAAGUGCAGUCGCGCCAAGACCAGCCUGCGCUGUCCGGCCAAGAAGACUGUUGACAUCAACUGCCGCAACGGCUCCGACCCGCUCUCCCCCGACGCCAUCCAAGUUGCCUACCGAUGCCGCCUCCACAACCACCCCGCGCCUCCCAUUAGCCGUCCACCCAACCACCCCACAGUCCCCAUUUACGGCCCUACCAAGCGGCCCAAUUACCGCCGUACUUACCGGCCUCUCGACCGGCCCAUGAGCCACCAUAGCAACCUCGCGGUGUCACACGGUGGAGCUGGCUGCACUGCAGCAUCUAGCGCUGCUCGCCUUGACCAUCUUGCUGCGGCUCUCGAUUCCCCGGACGGUGGUUCCCAUGCAGCUCUCACUUACCCGGACACUCAUUCCCAUGCAGCUCUGGAUUCCCAGGCUGCUUGCUCUGAUGCAGCUCUGAACGCCCCGGGUGCUGAUUUUGGUGGGCCUCUGAAUGCCCUGGGUGCUGAUUUUGGUGGGCCUCACUCUCCUCCGGGGCUGGCUGGGCUUAUCCCCGUUAGUGGCUGCUCCACUGACCUCAACUAUGCUGUUGCUGUUCACACGCGGAGGUCUACAAUCUAUGAGGAACUGCGGCUUCUGGAUCUCAGAUCUCAAAUGCUAGGAGAAGAUGGCAGCCGUCGAUUUUAUGAUGCGGAGGAGGAUUCGACGGAUGAGAUUUUCUCUUCUCUGGGAGCAAUAUCGCCUACGAAUCAAGGUCUCCAAGAUCUUCAAGAGCUCCAAGAGCUGUCACUGCCUUUCAGUGCCAACCACGUGGGGCUUCUACCAAACUUCUCUGACGCGGGAUUGGUCGAGGAGGAGCAGAUCGCUGGUGGUGUGGUGGUGGGCAAUGGUGAGAGUUUGAAAUUUGAUUUGCAUGGUGAUGGGGAGGAAGGGUCGCUACACGGUUCUCCAGGGACGAGAUUGGCAGCACCGAUGGGGCAUGUGUCGGGUGCUGCUGUGCAGGGUGCUGCUGUGCCGGGUGCUGCUGUGCCGGGUGCUGCUGUGCAGGGUGCUGCUGUGCAGGGUGCUGCUGUGCAGGGUGCUGCUGCUUUGUCUGGCUGCGGUGCUGUAACCGAUGCUCAUCAGUUUCAGACCCAGAAGGAGCCGUUGACUCAAAAUGCAUCGUUGACUGACGCCUGUGCUGUAUCUGAUGCUCCUGGGUUACAGACCCAGCAGGAUCUGAGAGCGCUGCAGCAACAGCAACAGCAGGAGAAGCAGCAACAGCAACAACCACAGCAGCAGCAGCAGCGGCCGUCAAAGCAGACGGAUCAAGUGACAGCGUUGCUGCUGUCUCUGAUUGAUUCCUUCUUGCAGAGCAACAACACUGCUGUACAGCAACCUGCCCCAGCCGUGCCCGGGAUUCUAAUUGCCAAUUGCCCUGCCCCUCUCCCUGCCACUCACCAUGCCACUCUCACUGCCACUCUCCCUGCGUGUGCCUCACAUCCUCUUACAGCCACCACCUGUGGUACGCUUAGGAAUGUGCGGAAGCGACCCGCCUCAGCCACGGAUGCACCGCCUCCCUCUCUCCGUGUCACUGACCAAGCCUACCACCUUGCAAUGUUCCCAACCACUUCCAACCGCGCUAUGUUUGGCCCAUUGCACCAGCAGCAAGCUAUGUUGAAGCCGUGGAUUCCAGCAGCAGUGGUUGCGUUUCUAGGGGGCGACAGCACCAUUCGGGUUUCAGACUUUGCAGCCGUUGGCGAGCGGAAGGAGCUGCAAUCGUGGCUCGAAGGUGCGGCUUAG